AAGGCUGCCGCGGGGAGCUGGUCCUGCCUGGGGCAGUGUGAAGUCUCCGCAUUCUGCGGCAGAGGGACUAGAAAGGAGACUACGGGCAACCCACGAUGGCUGAGGUCGGCUCCUUUCUCUGAUCACCCCGCUAGGUGAGCUGGCCGGCAACAAAGACCAGCGCUGAAUCCCAGUUCCUCCCAAGUCACCCUCGCGCGGCUUCACUGGUGCGGAGAGGUUCCGUGCAGAAGUCACAAUGACGUGGUGAAGCUGAAGACGGGACCUGGGAACCUUCAGUCUGCUCAAUUUUGGGUAAUCCAGCGAAUUCUCCAGCAUUCCAUUUUCCCACCAUGGCUAAAAGUGCAGAAGUGAAACUGGCGAUCUUUGGUCGAGCCGGUGUGGGGAAGUCAGCUCUCGUUGUGCGCUUCCUGACCAAACGGUUCAUCUGGGAGUAUGACCCCACUCUAGAGUCUACCUAUCGUCAUCAGGCAACUAUUGAUGAUGAAGUUGUUUCCAUGGAGAUACUAGACACAGCUGGUCAGGAGGACACUAUUCAGAAGGAAGGACACGUACGAUGGGGUGAAGGCUUUGUGCUAGUCUAUGACAUCACCGACAGGAGCAGCUUUGAGGAAGUGCUGCCACUCAAGAACUUGCUGGAUGAAGUGAAAAAACCCAAGAAUGUUACUCUGAUCCUAGUAGGGAACAAAGCAGACCUGGACCACUCCAGGCAGGUCAGCACAGAGGAAGGAGAAAAGCUGGCCACGGAACUGGCAUGUGCAUUUUAUGAGUGCUCUGCUUGCACAGGUGAAGGCAACAUCAUGGAGGCCUUCUAUGAGCUUUGCCGUGAGGUACGGCGUCGUAAGAUGGUCCAGGGCAAGACUCGGAGACGGAGCUCCACCACCCAUGUCAAGCAGGCGAUUAACAAGAUGCUCACCAAAAUCAGCAGCUAAAAGAAUUGUAACUAAGUAGAGAACCGGUGUAGAGAAGAUUAGGUUGGGGUGGGGAGGAGGCAGCCAGGACAUAUUAAAAUAAAAGAUGGUCAAAACUUUACUUAAAAAAAAAAAUCUUGUCAUCCCUUUUUGAGUACAUGGGGCAGAUUCCUUUCUACUUUAUUUAAAUGGUUUUUGAGUGAUAGCAUCCACUCCACACCAUUUCUGUCCAACAUCAUAGAGACAUUCUAAAGGAUUGGAUGACUCAAGGGAAUGGUAAUGAGACAGCUAGGUUGCUGGCUCCAAUCCAGCCCAGAUUGGUAAUGACUGAAAAUCAUUAUCUUCUGAUGGCUGCUCAGUGGCCUAUGAGUAAUGAGUCUCAGUCCAGCGAGGCAUCCUUACCAGAGAGGCCAAGGACUGAAUCACCUGGGAGAUUGCUUUAUUGUACUCUCCAAAACUGUUAUUCUGGCACAUUUCACUAACACUAAAUUUACACACAAUUUCUUUUAUUAUAAUCCCUCUUUUCUUGUAUUAUUUUUCCAGCCCAAUACAAGCGCCUACAUUCUUAGGUAUGUAUUUAAAAUAGGAAAAAUAUUGCAUGACAGUAGAGAUUUCAACCAGUGAUGGGUGAAUUUCAAUAGGUCUGAAGGACAUAAGUGUGGCUGGUUUUCCAGGUCUCUCAGAUCUACAAAAGUGGGCAGGGAAUAUUGCAUAAACAGCUUUUCCGAAGGCAAUUUCAGCAUUCCACUUAAAAGAACAGAAGU